AAUCGUAUUCUAAUUUAAGGCGACGAAUAUGUGCAGAUGUCAAGUCCAUUAUUUGUGUACGAAUUAUUAAUGGUCACUUUAACACAGUUGUUUACAAUAUAUUCGGAAAAGACGCCAUCUUUGUUUUUGCAAUCUAGUGGUAGAAUAUGUUUGCUCGAAGACAAAAAUUCAAUAAUGGGGUCAGUUUGUCCCUGUCUUUAUAUCUUAUGAUGACGUCAUAGUCCGUGUCUGUCUCUGUGUGUAUAUGUAUCUAUCGAACUUCAUUAUCGAGUUAAAUCAACACCUGAUUACCGGCCAUGGCUGUAGUAUGGAGCUUCUGGUUCGUGACAUUGUCUUGUAUUUUAGUCGGAACUGUCAAUUCUUCUAAUAGUAAUGUAACUGUCAUUGAGUUCUGCAGUUGUUGGUCAGUUCAGUCUACAGCUGUCCAGGGUGAUUCCUGUACUGUGGUAUUAGAUUUUGGGAACUGCUGGUUGGCCAGCAAUGCCACCCCGACUCCUGGAGUGGACGUCAUCUCCAAUGCUGAUCUCGUCAAGUUCGGGCUGACUGUUGACAAUUCUGUAUCACAAGAAUUGAACUGCACAGUGGACAAUAUUUGCAGUUUGGCUUUCGGAAUAAGCACACUUGCAGCUGGCAAAAGGUACACUGUAACGAUACAACCCCAGUGCGAUACAUGUAAUAUAUGCAAUGGCAAGGUUACAGAGUUUUCCAAAGCGAUCCCAACCACCACUGAACCCCCCUCAACAACAAAGAGAUACAAGCCACUACCACACAAGUAUCUGUUCCCUACCUUACUUAUUGGGGCUAUCGUCUGCGUCAUCACCGCCUUUAUCUUUGUCAUCAGGCGCUGGCGACAACGAAUCCAUCAUGCUCGUAAGGAGCGUGCAGCUGUUGCAGCUAGCUUUGCAAACCUCCAGUCAGAGACUGACAACAACAAUGGAAGGGGAGACAACCCUAGUCCUCCUCCCCGGUAUGGUACAACUGAGCAGUACAAUGGUGGCGCUCAUUAUCUCACCAUCAACGAGAAACACGGGAUAGUGAACGACGGCUUUGAUUACAAGAACUGAUAUUUUUGUGAAGUCUGCAUAAUGUGCCAAAGAAAGCAACGAACGGAAGAUGUAUAUUACCAGACUAGUGCCCGGAUGGUGUUAGACCAAACUGUGAUUGGAUGAAUUAAGGAGCAUGGCGACAUUGUUCUGGACCAUGGACAUAGAUUCUUAAUCUAAUACUUUACCAACAGGACAAUGCUGAAAUAGGAGAACGUUGUUUCUUGUAGAACUAGUUUUGUUGUUGUUUUCUUUACGGAAAAUUUGCUUUUAACGCGAGUCAUCAAACAAUAUUUUACAUACUGACAUCAAAACGUAUAACUCAUACAAUGGCAAAAUACUGAUUUAAUUUCAAUGUCUCGAAAGUAGUAUUCCUGGUAAAAUGAUGUCAAACCGUUUUCAAAAUAUGUAACCUCCUGAAAGUGUUAACGAAGAAAAUCAAAUAAUGUUUUUGUUUCAUUUGCUGUUUCACUUCGUUGUGCUUAAAACCAAUGUCUAUAAAUCCAAUGAAAAUGGCAAUUUUGAUAGCUGAACUCAUUAAUUUAAUUCAAAACAGGCUUUAUGUCAUUAUUUCAUGAUUUUUUUUUAUCGUCAUUGUUGGUGUUGCCCGAGUCAUUUGAUUUGUAGUAAUUGAGAAUUUGUCCGAUUGUAUGUCGCAUUCUGAUCUAUCAGAGUUACCUCCCUUUGUUUUUUCUCCGUCCAAUGAUAGGCUAAUCAAAAUGACAACUGACGGUUAGACGAAAACAAAUGGAAAUCCAUGUUCUAUACCCUAUCCAUUCCUUACUUUCUAUUGUAUGUGUGAACAAUCGAUAUUUCCUAUUCAUACGAUGAUACGUAUCAGAGUGAUUAGAAGAUAGAUAUUGAGGUAUUUUGGUGGCGUCUUCAGCAUGUUUAUAAAACCCUUAUCAAAUACUCAGGUUUCUUGUCUUCUCUAUAGAAUACCUCCGUGUGUGUACUAUUCUAAAUAAUUAGAUUUGAUCCACGCAACAAAUAUUCGCCUUUGCGAGUUUGGAAUUUAUCUUAAACUUAAGCAAUUUUGAAUCUAAGGAAAGAUUCUAAAUAAAGACUUCCCACUUAAAUCCAAAAAUAUUAUCCGAUGGAAAAUUUUCGAAAACUAAUUUUCUUCGGUUAAGAACAUUAAUGAAAUUGGUGGGAGGAUAAAUGCAAAAGUUUUAUGUGUGACAAUGUAUGUGCUCAUCAAGUAUGUUAUUCAUUCCAUCUUUAUGUAAGUACAUGUUAUUGAUAUAACUUCCGUUUCUAUGUAAGUAAACAUGUUAUUGAUGUAACUUCCGUUUCUAUGUAAGAACACAUAUUAUUGAUGUAACUUCCGUUUCUAUGUAAGAACAUAUAUUAUUGAUGUAACUUCCGUCUCUAUGUAAAACAUAUUAUAGAUGUAACUUCCGUCUCUAUGUAAGAACAUAUUAUUGAUGUAACUUCCGUUUCUAUGUAAGAACACAUAUUAUUGAUGUAACUUCCGUUUCUAUGUAAGAACAUAUUAUUGAUGUAACUUCCGUCUCUAUGUUAGUACACAUAUUAUUGAUGUAACUUCCGUCUCUAUGUAAAACAUAUUAUAGAUGUAACUUCCAUCUCUAUGUUAGUACACAUAUUAUUGAUGUAACUUCCGUUUCCAUGUUAGUAUAUACUUGUCAUUGAUGUAACUUCCGUCUCUAUGUAAGUAAACAUGUUAUUGAUGGACACGCUGUCUCGAUGUAGUAGUCAUGGCAAAUGCAUGUGUGAUAUUAUUUUGUUACCUUAAAACAUAAAACAUCUCCAAAUACAUUUUGUUAAUAAAAUAUUUCAAAAAGAAAA